GGCUUUCUUUCUUUUUUUUUUUCUUUUAAAAUAUAUUUUGUUUCUCAAUAUGAGUUCAACUACUAACGACACAGUAAAUCCAUUUUCAAUAUCAGAUAACACAGGAGAUCAAGCAGGACUCUAUAAAGGAAUAGGCGUUACUUUAGCUAUUGCUAGUGGUACAUAGUUAUAUAAUAAAUGCACAUGUUUUAUUUUCUUUUGGAAUAUUCAUGAACUAUAGGUUUGUUCAUCGGUAGUAGUUUUGUAUUUAAGAAAAAAGGUCUUUUACAAUCUAUUGAACGAUCAGGCGGCAUUGCUGGUGAAGGAUAUAGUUAUUUAAAAUCAACGAUGUGGUGGACAGGAAUGAUUUUAAUGAUUGUCGGAGAGUUAUGUAAUUUCAUUGCAUAUGCUUUUACACAAGCCAUUCUAGUAACUCCUUUAGGUGCACUUGCUGUUGUAAUCAGCGCUGUACUCUCUUCUAUAUUUUUAAAAGAACGACUCAGUUUUCAGGGCAAAAUAGGAUGUUUACAGUGUAUUUUAGGAGCAGUGAUGAUUAUAUUACAUGCACCAGAGCAAAGUUCAGCAGAUUCAACGAUUGAAACAUUUAAAAGUUUAGUAAUAUCCAUUGGAUUUCUUAUCUAUGCUGGUUUAGCUAUCCUUUUUUCCCUUUUCUUAAUCUUUUACUGUGGACCAAGAUGGGGAAAGAAGAAUAUGUUGAUAUAUAUUACUAUCUGUUCACUUAUAGGCUCUCUAUCCGUUGUAUUCACACAAGGCUUAGGCUUUGCAAUUGUUCAUUCAAUCACGACCGGAGACAAUCAAUUUACUCAUUGGUUUAUUUAUAUUGUUCUGGGUAUAACAGUUGUUACACUUUUGACACAGAUUGUUUACUUGAAUAAGGCACUAAACUUAUUUAAUACUGCCUUGGUCACUCCUACUUAUUAUGUAAUAUUUACUACAAUGACAAUCGUUAGUUCAAUCGUUCUUUAUCGUGGAUUUCAAGCCUCUCCAGUAGCUAUUGUAACUUGUGUAUUCGGUUUUCUAACAAUCUGUUCAGGUGUUGCACUCUUACAUAAUUCUAAAAGUGAUCCAACAACAACAGUUUCAUCUUCAUUAUUAACUAAAAAUGAAACAGUCACUCAUUCAGAAAAGAUAUUAGAAGAUGACGAAAAAAUACUUAGAGAAAGUAGUAUCGAGUGUUAUUAGAACAGAGUUUAUCACAUUUAAAUAGGAAAAACCAAACAAAAUAGAGAAAGAUUCAUCAUCAUAUAUUAAUACAGAAGUUAUUACAUUAUUCAAGCC